GUAGUCCAAAGAUUAGGUCCACAAUUACAUAUCCACAAUACACAAAGGUACACAGAAUAUUCUAUUUACACGUUCCACACUGUCUCAUUAAUCAUACAAAACUUAACACUCGACACAUCCUUCCAGGAUGAGCCGUAUAUGAAAUAUCUUGUAUUUAGACGAAAAUCAGAAUAUGAGUCUAAGAUUUUGCCAAACGAAAAUAUUAUUAAGAGAACUACCCCUAAACGCGAGGAGGAGAUCGAGGAUAUUUGGGCGUCGAUGCCAAGAGAUUCUGAAACAAAACUCAUUAGAAGAACAGAGGAUUCUCCCAAAAUAAUUUCCGAAACGCGCGAAGAUAAUAGCAGAGUGAAUACAAAAUAUUCACCAGUUACACACGAAUCUCAUGAAAAACCUAAUGUCAAGGAUGAUUUACCAUCAGAACGUAUUGGGCGCGAUGAAUCCACAUUGUUACACGAGCCUAGGCCAAGUACACGUAAACCUGUCAAAGAUGUUGAGGUUGAAUCAGAAUCCAGCAAAUGUCAGAAGAAAGUAAUUAGCAAUGGCGAGGAUACACUGAUAUCGAAAUUUAAUUCGCAAUCAUACAAAUCUGAUGACGAAAUAGAGGUAGUUUAUUUAUGUUACUCGCGUUAUAUAUAGCAAUUAUAUGUAUAUAUAAAAAGGGCGUUGUUAAAGAGUAAAGUGUUUUUAGGACAUUUGGGCGGAUAGGCCUCAAGAUCGCGAAAUCAAACCUAUUUGGA